UUGCGUUCGAAUACGUGCGGCAAGUCUUGCGAACGAUUUUGUUCUGUUUUCUAAUAAUAAUAAAAAAAUAAAAAGUACCGGCGAUUUCGCAGUGAUUUCUGGUGAUGUAUUUCAACACAAAUCUUCAACCUACCAGUGACCCACGAUAACAAAGUAGAAUGUUAUCAAAGUGCUUUAGUUCGAUUUAGCCUAUUGACGGUUGAUGGUCGUGUUCCGUUCUUAAGUGCAUUAAUAUCAAGAGUUUGUAACAUGUCGGUGUGCCAAUAUAAAACCGAAUUUGAUACAAACAAUAACGAUGACUUUUGCGAAGUAAAAUUGUAUAAACAAGUCGGUGGUCAGCUACCUGUAAUCACCAAUUUAAGGAGUCUCAUCGAUGAACUGGAUAGGAUCUUUGAGUGCGACAAAGUCAACAUUGAUUUGGUGCAUUAUGUUAUGAAAUCUUACAAAUCAAACCCCCUUGACUGGAAGAAAUAUGCCAAAUUCGAUAGAUACAGAUACACCAGGAAUUUGGUGGAUAAGGGCAACGGAAAAUAUAAUCUGUUGGCCCUUUGUUGGGGCGAAGGACACGGUUCUUCAAUCCACGACCACGCAAACUCCCACUGUUUCAUGAAAAUGUUGCAAGGCUCCUUGGAAGAAAUCAGAUUCGCGUGGCCCGAAGAAAAAGGACAACCGCUCAAGGAAAUCGGCAGAACGAGGAUGAACCUCAACGAUGUUUGUUACAUUAACGAUUCCCUUGGUCUUCAUCGCGUUGAAAAUCCUUCCAACGUAGAUACAGCGAUUAGUCUACACUUGUACUGUCCACCUUAUUCUCGAUGUCACGUUUUCAACCAAAAUACUGGUCAGACCUCGACUUCCACUGUUACUUUCUAUUCGACUUUCGGAAAGACUAUUAAGGAAAACAAGGAAAUUGUGGAGCCAGAGGAUAACUAAGAUGUAUACCGAGAUACUAUUUAGAAACAUAUAAUAAUAAUGAUAGUAAUCUAUAAUAAAUGUGUAUUUUAAAUAUUUUUACAAGCUCAUGAAGAUUUUAUAUGUAAUAUACUUGAUAUAAAUAUAAACUAUAGUUACUA